AUGGAGAACCAUACCUUCGAAAUGGUGACUGAAUUCAUCCUGCUGGGCAUCACUGACCGUUCUGAGUUGCAAGCCCCAUUAUUUGGACUAUUCCUCAGCAUUUAUCUGACCUCCCUGAUUGGCAACUUGGGCAUGAUCAUCCUGACCAUAGUUGACUCCAGGCUGCAUACACCCAUGUACUUUUUUGUCAGACACCUUGCUACUACAGACCUUGGUUAUACAACAGCUGUGGGACCAAAAAUGUUACAAAAUUUUCUUGUAGAUCAAAACACAAUAUCAUUUUAUCUUUGUGCUAUCCAGUUGACUUUCUUUAGUAUGUUCAUUGCUUGUGAAAUUUAUAUUUUGUCUGCAAUGUCCUAUGAUAGAUAUGUGGCCAUCUGUAAGCCUCUGUUGUAUAUGGUUAUCAUGUCAAAAAGACUAUGCUGGGUACUCAUAAUCAUCCCUUAUCUUUACUGUUCAAUUGUGGCUCUUCUAAUCACAAUUAAGAUUUUCACUUUGUCUUUCUGUGGCUCCAAUGUUAUUAGUCAUUUCUACUGUGACAGUCUUCCUUUGUUAUCUUUAGUCUGCUCAAAUACACAAGAAAUAGAAGUGAUGUUGUUGUGUUUUUCUGCUUUUCAUUUGAUUGUCUCUCUUCUACUUGUUCUUGUGUCCUACCUGCUAAUAUUUAUAGCCAUCCUCAGGAUGAACUCUGCUGAGGGCAGGCGCAAGGCUUUCUCUACCUGUGGGUCCCACCUGACAGUGGUGACUGUCUUCUAUGGGACUUUAAUAUUUAUGUAUAUGCAGCCCAAAUCCAGUCAUUCCUUUGACACUGAUAAAGUGGCUUCAAUAUUUUACACCAUGGUCAUCCCCAUGUUGAAUCCUUUGAUCUACAGCUUUAGAAAUAAAGAUGUAAAAGAUGCUUUCCAUAGGACACGGAAAACAAUACACCAUGUUUUCUUUUGA